AUGGCCAUCAUGCUAGCACCCAGAAAAAAGCUUAGGCUCAUGCCUUUGUCCCAUAAUUCGCAAGGACGAGUCCUCAAGACCUGCUCUCGAUGCAGACAACAUAAAACUCGUUGCGAUGCCAUUUUAACCCAUCCAGGACCCUGUUCCCAUUGCGCCAAAAAGAACGCUUUUUGCACCCUUGAAGUGAUCACCAAGAAGCCCGAUCGCGGCAAUGACAUGGUAGAGAGCCUCAGCGAGGAAGUAAACGAAAUAAAGAAGUCUUUGAGUGCUAUGACUGACCGCAAACAAAAGUUGAUCCAAGCCUUAUCUCAGCGCAAAAACGACGGUCCCUCAGUAGCGGCUAUGCAACAGGUUCUCGUCCCUGAAACCUCCAGUCGUCCGAUAUUGUCCGCUGGCGGACUCUCUGCUGAUUCUGACUUCAUAUUGUCUUCUGACUCUUCUCGUGAACCAUUUAGCAUCAGCCUCACCGAAGCUCAAUUUCAUUUCACAGACUUUGAGAACAACUUCCUUCAAUUUCUUCCCAUAUUUCCAGCAUCAUUUUUCAAGAAGGAUAUCAUGACUGUGUACAACGAAAACGACCUUUUGUUCUGGUGUAUUCUACUCACCUCAUUCCGUCAUUCUUCAAGAUACAGCAAUUUCUACCACCUAAGCCAGCACGUCAAGGCCCGAGUGGUCGAAAUGUGCUGGUAUAAUACCCCACGUCAUGUCUAUACCCUUGCAUCAUUGCUCAUUCUUACAACUUGGCCCUUACCCUCUUCUGAUUUUGAAAAAAUCGAAGACGAUAUCGCCGUCAAAUUUAUCGCUUUAAUGAAACGGAUAGCCUUGCAACUCGGCCUUCACAAGGUGGAAUUCAUUAGUGAGUUCAGCCACAAAACCGAAGUCAACGUUUCUGAAGAGUCUCACCUCAACAACCUAAUUCGAGAACGGAUAUACAAAUUCGUUGCGAUCAACUCAAACUACUGGUUAAUCAGUUUGGGAAUCUCCAAUUCUAACUAUAAUGGAACGGAAACAGACUACGUCAUAAACAAGGCUAAUUGUCUGUUCGAGGGAAACUUUCCUGAAGAUAAGUAUACCAACUGGCUUCUUCGUCUCUCUUUGAUACAACUGAAAUUGAACGAAACAAUGCACGGUAAAGCCAAAGGUGGUCAAGUCGAUGCUACUAAACUCCAGAACAUUCACAUGUUUGAUGUUAUUUUGAACCGACUCACCCAGCAUUCAGACUUGGCAGGUGAUACUUUGACUCGCCUAAGCGUUGAAUACCUGCGCUUACAGCUUUACGUUUACGCAUUCUCCACAAAAAAUGUGACUCUCAGAAACUACAAGUCAUUUAUCAAGCGGGCCUUGAUCUCUUGCAAGAAAUCACUUGACUUGUAUGAAACUGCGUUUGGUGAUGUCGAAAACUUUGCACAGAUACCAAUUCACUAUAAUUUCGUUCUUGAAUUAGUAUCGUUGAUCUUGAUGAGAAUUUUCCACUCUCCAUAUUUGGACAGCAUCAACGAGUAUAGUCUCGUCAGAGAAAACUUUAUGCGUUCCUUCGACUUUUUGUCUAAAUUCACCGAUGCAGACUGGGGCACAUUCAAUGCCAAGCAUUUGAGGAUACUCAAGAUGUAUGAUGAAGCUGCUCUCAAUACCAAAAACAGUAUUUCCCUCGGUGGAAAGUCAGUUUUCAUAAUCGACAAGAUGAGCAACUAUAUGGUGGCAUCGUUGAGAUACGAGAUGAUAAGGUCGAUCUACGACUACAAGCACAAUGAUCAACCACAUAGCAUCAAUUGGUCCCAAUACGGCAAAGAUGCGAACAACGAGAAGGAUAAGCUGGUGAUGGAUUACUUGCUUACCGCGUGUUCCAUUUUUCAAGUAAAUCAUUAA